CAAUGGAAACAAAAACAUGGAUUUUGAUAUUGAGAUGGGUCAAUAUUGUAGCUGCGUAUAUUAUUAAAAUACUAAAUUAGUGUAGUAAUUGGAGCUAUGGGAAUAUACCAAUUAGUUACAUUUUAAAUGUUUUCUCAUUUUCAUUUCUAUGAAAUAUGGAGUAUAUUCACACCAAUUUAUUCAUUGUAAAUCAUAUUACUAAUUAAUUCAGGAUAUUUUGUGGUCUCUUAUUGGCAAUUGAAUUUAAGAGAGAUUUCAUUGCAGAUUAAUUUCAAUUCAUGAUGACUUGUUUUGGAAGAGGAAUAUUUUACAUAUUGUAUAUUAUUAAAUAUCAUAUUUAAUAGCUUAGGAUCAGUUGUAUCAUAUUAACCAUCAGGAGAAUCAUCAUCAUAAUAAGUGUAAAAUUAUUAAAUAGAAUAUAGAGCUGGAUGGAUUUGGGGGUUGACUUUAUGGUUAGUGGGAAUAUUUUAUGUGGUUAUUCAUUUUGUUGGACCAAAGAGUGCAACUGCAGGAUUAAAAGAUGUAAUAAUCUUCCUAUAAAUUUAGGCUGUCAGUGCAGAAUAUGGAACAUCUUGAAC